AUGAAUACAUAUUCUACAAGUAGUAAUAAUCAAGUCGGUGUUCAAAAUAAUUUUAUUCUUAGUCAAAACCAACCAUCAAAAGCACCAAAAUUUAAAUUAUUUAAUAAUAAAUCUCGACUAUUACCAGUAUGUGUUAAACCAAUUCGAACAAUAAAAACAGCAAUAUUUAAACAUAGUAAAGUGAAAAAGAAAAAUGUGCCAUUUGUUAAUUUAGCCAAUGUGAAUAAUAAUAAAACAGUGAUAAAAGAAACAAAACUAAAUAAUUCAAAUAUGGCAAAAAAUUUUGUUUAUAAUCAAUUUAAUUCAUUAUUUACUACUGAUAAUGAUUAUAAUGAAACAAAAGAAGAACCUCUCGAUUAUUAUUGUAAUGAUAAUGAUGAUAAUGAUGAUAUAUUUGAUUAUUCCAGAAUAAUACCAUCAAAUAAUUCAUAUCGCAAUAACAGUAUUGACAAUGAAAGUGAUAGUGAAACAGGAAUAGAAGAAAUUAAUACAAAAGAAUUAGCACAACGAAUUACAAAUGAAUUAAAACGUUAUACCAUACCACAAGCUGUCUUUGCACAACGUGUUUUAUGUCGUAGUCAAGGAACAUUGUCAGAUUUAUUGCGAAAUCCUAAACCAUGGUCAAAAUUAAAAUCUGGACGAGAAACAUUUCGAAGAAUGAAAAAGUGGCUUCAAAUACCAGAAGAAGAAAGAAUGACUUCAUUAAAAAUAGCUGCUUCUUCUUAUGUAGCCUGUAAACGAAGACCGUAUGACGAUUAUUCAACCAUGCAAACAAACACUUUAAACUUAGAAGAACAAAUUAGUAGUUCAUUACCCUCACCACCUUCAUCUACAACAUCAUCUUUGUCAUUAUUAUCAUCGGAAAAAUUGAACAAAAAAACUCGUUCACGUCUUAUUUUUACCGAUAUUCAAAAACGUACAUUACACGCAAUAUUCAAAGAAACAAAACGUCCAUCAAAAGAAAUGCAACAGACAAUUGCUCAGCAAUUAAAUCUUGAUGUUAGUACAGUAUCGAAUUUUUUUAUGAAUGCUAGACGAAGAUCAAUGGAUAAAUGGAGAGAAUAUCAAGCAUCAAAAUCUUUAACAUCAUAUGAAUUUAGUUCACAUUUAAAGCAGUAG